AUGGCACCUCCCAAGUCGGCAGCCGAGUUUGUUGACUUUGUCAAUGAUUCUCCCACCCGUGAGUCUGACGUAGGGGUGAGGUGUUUCCCCUGUUUUCUGUAUCUCCGUGCUAACCGAACUCUGCACCUCAAAGCCUACCAUGCCGUGGCUUCUUCUAUCGCUCGCCUAGAGAAGGCUGGCUUCAAGGUCAUCAAGGAGCGAGACAACUGGGCCUCGACCCUCCGCCCUGGCGGCAAGUACUAUGUGACCCGCAAUGGCUCUUCCAUUGUGGCGUUUGCUAUCGGCGCAAAGUGGCGCCCCGGCAACCCAAUUGCCAUGAUUGGUGCCCAUACCGACUCUCCGUGCCUCCGUAUCAAGCCUGUGAGCAAGAAGUCCGCCAAUGGUUUCCUGCAGGUCGGAGUCGAGACGUACGGCGGAGGCAUCUGGCACAGCUGGUUCGACCGUGACCUAAGCAUUGCCGGUAGAGUCCUGGUCAAGGACUCUGAGGGCAACUUUCAUCAAAAGCUGAUCAAGGUCAAUAAACCCAUCCUGCGCAUCCCCACCCUCGCCAUCCACCUGGACCGCUCUCCGGAGUUCAAUCCGAACAAAGAGAACGAACUUUUCCCUAUCGCUGGGCUCGUUUCUGCCGAGCUCAACAGGACCGGUGCCUCGAGCACCGACGAUAAAGCCAAGGAAGAGGGUGCCGAUUCCGAAGACUUCCAGCCUCUGAAGCAGAUGACUGACCGACACCAUCCCUAUAUUCUGGACAUUAUUGCUGAGCACGCUGGAACCGAGGCCGAGAACGUUGUGGACUUUGAGCUUGUCCUCUACGACACACAGAAGUCGUGCCUGGGCGGCCUGAAUGACGAAUUCAUCUUCUCUGCUCGUCUUGACAACCUGAACAUGACUUACUGCAGCGUCAUGGGCCUGAUUCAUUCUGUCAACUCGACAGACCUGGACAACGACAGCUCGAUCAGGCUUAUCACUUGUUUUGACCACGAGGAAAUUGGUUCCACAUCUGCCCACGGUGCCAACUCAAACCUGCUCCCUGCCAUUAUUCGCCGUCUUUCUGUCGUUCCAAGCUCGCAGUUCUCCGACAACUCGAGCGACAAGUCCUACCACCAUGUCGAGUCGGAAGGCGACGUGGCUACUGCGUAUGAGCAGACCUGCUCCACCUCGUUCCUUGUCUCGGCAGACAUGGCUCACAGCGUCAACCCCAACUACGCGGGCAAGUAUGAGAGCAACCACCAGCCCGAGAUGAACAAGGGCACCGUCAUCAAGGUCAAUGCCAACCAGCGCUACGCCACCAACUCACCCGGUAUCGUCCUGCUCCAGGAGGCAGCCAAGAUUGCCAACGUGCCUCUGCAGCUGUUUGUCGUCCGCAACGACUCGCCCUGUGGAAGCACCAUUGGUCCCAUGCUCUCUGCCAAGAUGGGAGUUCGGACUCUCGACCUUGGAAAUCCCCAGUUGAGUAUGCACAGCAUUCGCGAGACCGGAGGCUCGUAUGAUGUUGAGCAUUCCAUCAAGCUGUUCGAGGCCUUCCUCUCAAACUACUCCAAACUGGAGCACAAGAUCCUUGUAGACUAA